CGUUCCCUUUCUCUAAGAGAACCGCCAAGCCGAGACAAAAAAAAAAAAAAAAAAAUUUCACAAAACAAAGACAAAAAAAAAAAAAAACACUCCCACAAAUUUCUCUCAUUUCUGUUGUCUAUUAUAGAUUUGGGAGUUCCGAGUUCAAUAUGCAGGCCAUUACACCGUCUUCUUCACCUAACACUCUCAAACCGCUAAUCCAGCCGAAGCGGUCCGCGUUCGGCCGGUUCAAACCGAACCGAAUAUCGUGCGCCUACCGGUCGGAGUCCGUGAGCUUCCCAAACGGCAUCGGAUCGAGCCGCGCCGACUGGCAGAGCUCCUGCGCCAUUCUAGCCAGCAAAGUCAUCUCCCAAGGCCAAGAGCAACCCACGGAGAAACCCUCCAGUGGUGGCGCUGACCACGUCGCCUCCGUCAAUGGCCACAAGGCCGCCUCCAUGGACUUAAACCUCGUCCCGAUCGACAAGGUCUCUGCCGUCACCAACAACAAGCCGGUCCCGUUGACGAUCACCGAUCUCUCUCCGGCGCCGAUGCACGGCUCGCAGGUCCGCGUAGCCUACCAGGGAGUUCCCGGCGCGUACUCCGAGGCGGCCGCCGGUAAAGCCUAUCCGAACUGCGAGGCCAUACCCUGCGACCAAUUCGAAGUCGCCUUCCAGGCCGUGGAGCUCUGGCUCGCCGAUCGCGCCGUUCUGCCUGUUGAGAACUCCCUCGGCGGCUCGAUCCACCGCAACUACGAUCUCCUACUCCGCCACCGUCUCCACAUCGUCGGAGAAGUCCAGCUCCCCGUCCACCACUGCCUCCUGGCCCUACCUGGAGUCCGCAAGGAGUACCUCACGCGCGUGAUCUCCCACCCUCAGGCACUCGCUCAGUGCGAGCUGACUCUGACGAAACUCGGCCUCAACGUUGCGCGUGAGGCAGUUGAUGACACCGCCGGAGCCGCGGAGUUUGUCGCGGCCAACAACCUAAGAGAUACGGCGGCGAUUGCAAGCGCACGCGCCGCGGAUCUGUACGGUUUGAACAUCCUGGCGGACGGGAUCCAUGACGACUCGAGCAAUGUGACCAGAUUCGUGAUGCUGGCGAGGGAGCCAAUUAUUCCGAGAACCGAUCGGCCGUUCAAGACGAGCAUCGUGUUCGCGCACGAGAAGGGGACGUCGGUGCUGUUCAAGGUCUUGUCGGCGUUCGCGUUCCGGAACAUCAGCCUGACGAAGAUCGAGUCGCGGCCGCACCGGAACCAUCCGAUUAGGCUCGUCGACGACGCAAACGUCGGCACGGCGAAGCACUUCGAGUACAUGUUCUACGUGGAUUUCGAGGCGUCCAUGGCGGAGGUUAGGGCACAGAACGCGCUGGCUGAGGUUCAGGAGUUCACGUCCUUCUUGAGGGUCUUGGGGAGUUAUCCAAUGGACAUGACGCCUUGGUGCCCCUCCCGUGGAGAUUAGCAUUUACUCUCUUUUUUUUUUUCUU